AUGGUUCGCCAGAACAGCAUGAACGGCAGCCUCUACGGCUCCAUGGGCGGCGGCUUCGGCUCAAUGGGUGCGGGUCAGAUGACCAGCUAUGGCUCCAUGGGCGGUCCAAUGGUGGGCUCUACCUACGGCACCACGGGUGCUCCAUACGGCACCAUGGCGGACCACCAGAGCGGCAUGGGCGGUGACUACGGCAGCAUGGGCAGGGGCAUGAAUGGCGGAGGCAGUGCGUACGGCUCCAUGGGCGGUCAGGGAACAAACCUCUACGGAUCCAUGGGCGCUGAGAACUGCAUGGGCUCGAUGACGGGAGCCCAGACGGGCUCACUAUACGGCAUGGGCGGCCCCGGCUCCAUGCUGAUGCCGCUGGGCUCCAUGUACGAGAUGGGAGGCCCGAUGGGUUCAAUGUAUGGCAUGGGCGGUAUUAGCACGAUGGGCAUAGCGGCACAGUGGGGCAGCCUUGCCAACAUGACUAUGGGCGGCCGCGGCAGUCAGGUAAACCGCAGCGGUAUCUCGAGUGGCUACGGUGGUUUCGCGUCCGAGGCAACCCGCAUUGACCCUGAGGACCUGUGCCCAAACAUUGGCACCUUUGAGGGUGCCGAAGAUCUGCCACGCAGCGGCAAGCGCGGCGGCAACCACCUGUACAGCCGCGACAAGCACGAAAAGCCGGUGGCGACGGGCAACUCUAACGCGUCAGCCAUGACGAUACGUCGCAAGUCAGAUGUUACGGUAGGCAGUGGCGCAGCCGGCGUCAGCAACGGUACGUCCUCUCACUCGGAGGGCAUGACGAACCGCGGUGCUUCGCGUUCAUCGCCGUCUACAAAGCCUGGUGGCAGCGGCGCCGUUGGCAAGGCGCGCGCGAAGGUGCCAUCGAACUACAACGUGCACUCGCUCAUCCUGGUAGACAAGGCCACCGGCACCGAGGUGAUCACUGUCAAGAACCCCAGCACCGUCGUCUUUGAGAAGGGCGGCAAGAAGGAAACGUUCGAGGUAGACGAGGCCCUAGUCCUCGCCUCGGCAAAGGACGACGUUGACUCGGUGCUGCUUUCGGAGCUACGCGGCAACUGGUUCAACGGCCACAAUUCCGCGCUUAUGCUGUGCGCUGGAAAGGGCAAGAUCGCGGCGACGCAGAACGUUGCACGCCAGUUUAUGCGUAAGUGCGUGGAGCGUCUGGAGAAGAAUGAGAAGGAUACGGGUGUCAAGUUUGACAUCACGAUGACGAUGGUGUCACUUCGCGGUGCCGACCAGUGCUGCGACCUUCUCAAAUCGGACGCCUCAUACGAGAAGGUGAUUAUGGGCUCCUCGCCGGUGUACGGCCCGUGCCUGCUGGAGUUGGAGACGAAGGUGCAUAAGACGGCCGGCGAGUGCAUCGGCUCUUUUGACGCAGGACUGAAGAACGCGAAGGAGGAGAAGGAGAUCGUUGUCGCGUUUUUGAUUCUCAAGACAAUCAAGAAAACAGGCGCCGAUGAGGAGGUCCACUUGUCUUCCCUGUUCAUCGCGCUCUGUGGCGAGACGGUGACGCACAAGACGGACAUCCGCGACAAGGCCUCGUCGUCGCCACACCGCCUUUUCCGCUACGCCGUCAUUGGGGCCUGCGUCACCGUGAGCGGGCUGUGGAUUGCCUCGAACGAUGAAGAGGCUCGUGAAGGUCUUGAGGUGGAGCGCAAGAUGCGGGAGGUGAAGAACCAGCCGCCGCGCAGCGGUAAUGUGAAGCGCUUCGUCGACUACACGUACAAGGAGAUCGUGCGCCAAAAGGAGAAGCUGGAGUUCACGCCCGGGCCCGAAAAGAAGACGCGUGAGGUGCACAUUGAGCGGAUGGAGGAGAUGGUCAAGGACGCGAAGGACCUCCUUGCGUCGCCCGAGACCACGAUACCGAGGGGCUACUCUAUGGGCCGCUAA